AUGACCACAACGGUAACUGAGUGUUACUUUGACGAGACACUCGAAAUUAAACCUCUGAAGGCCCCGCCUGAAUUCUACUACUGGGGACAAACCGGCGCAGUAGUCAAAAAGCCUCCGUAUUCCGAAACGGAAUUCCAGAGCGAGCGUACAAUCCUCCCAGACACCAGUCGGCAGAUCUGGGAAAACGUUAUCAAUUCUGGAUUGAGCAAGGUAAAAGAAGUAUUCGAUCAUGUUCCGGGCGACUCCAACACCAACACGACGAUAGUCAGAGAACUGAGUCUGUCUCAAGAACUGCAAUCAUGGCGCGAACGCGAUCACCAAGCUGGCCGAAAACUCCCUCACAAAGGUAAUGGGCUCCGUCAAGUUCCUGAAUCCGUCAUCAACCUCUUAGGCGCUGAGAACUGGGCUGCGCCCCUUCUCACCAGAGGUGCCUUCCACGGUUCCGGGUUUGCGAAUAUGCUGAUUGGUGCGUGGGAUGCUCAAACGCUUUACAGCAAUUACUGCGUGGACCUGGUGUUCUACUAUGAGCAUGGCUAUCAUAAAGCAUUCCCGGGGUUCGAUGUCCUAGUUCGCGACGCUACUGCAAAUCCUCGGGCGUGCCACAAUUUAGGAGGCGCUGAGAGACGGCUAGCUGCGGGUAUUAUCGGGCAAUAUAUUCGCCAGAAAGGUCACGCUGAAGAGAGGAAUAAAAUGCACCUCGCCAAAUUGUCGGCCAAGCUCAACCGGGACGAACUCCGAAGAGUGUCCCUGUGUGAGAGCAGUAUCUGCGGUCUAGCCGCCGAAGCUAUCACUCGUGGAUUUGACCCCGGCGCUACGGCAUACCAGAUGAUCUUCAGUGCCCCGGGAACAGACGUGAUCGAUGUGGGAUCGGACUUCUAUUCCUCGGAAUUGUUCAAUAGCUUCCUGAACACGGACGACAUUGCGAGCUCCGGUGUCAUCUCCAAUAUAUCACUGAGAAAGGUAUAUGACGCAUAUGCUCAUAUUGGGGCUACUAUUUUCACGAGAGAGUGGACGGACCCGGCCGCAAUUAUGUGUGCGAUGCUAUAUCCCUGGCAUAUAUUGAAUGAUCGACACCACUUCUUGAGACGAGCAGUUCUGGGCUCAUCUCAAGUGCGGUCUCGGUUGAUCGAUCAAAGGUGCGCAACUUGGGAAGAGGCGUUCGACGAGGAUGGCCACACGACGGGAUUUAGCCGCCCACUUGCGAAUGCCUGUAAUGGAAACACAUACUGCGAUCAUUUCUAG